CAGAGGUCAUGAACCUCUCUCUUCUCUGCAGAGAUGACCGUGGUGAAGCACGAAAGCAGAUCAAGCCGCCUGACAACGCAGUUCUUUAGUUAAUCCAACCAGAAGAAGUCUCAUAGGCUUCCUGAAGGUGUUGCAAAGCUCAUUCUCCUAAUCCCGUUUCCUUGUAUUAUUUAUCCUUCUGCGCUGUGCCACCGACGCUGGCGUCGGCUAUGGUGUCAUCAGCGACACCGACCGACCGCAAGUUCGACUUGUAGCUCCGCUAUACCAAAGGAAGGUCUUGUCUCAGCACAAGAUCAUCCCGUCAGAGCCCUCUCCCCGCCCACGCCUUAUUCACCCGUUCGUCAUGUUUCGAUUUCGCCUCGCAUUAGCCGUCUCCCUUGGUGGCGCAUACAUGGUGUCUUCAAGUCGAAUCCCACAAUGGCCGCAGCCCAGCUUUCUGGCUGCCUUCGCAGCUCUGAUGGGCCUCCAGUUCUUCGCAUGGGUCUUCUAUAUCGUUAUACUCUGGCCGAAGCUCCUCUCGCCCCUCCGGGUUCUCCCGGAACCGACUGGGAAUUCAUGGUUCAUGGGCCAGUUCAACACCAUCAUGCGUGAUCCCACAGGGUCGCCCAUGUUGCGGUGGAUCAACUCCAUUCCAAACAAUGGCCUUAUCCGGUACCUUGGGCCAUUCAACCUGGAGAGAAUCUUUGUCACUUCUCCCAAGGCCCUUGCCGAGGUCCUUGUCACCAAAAAUUACGACUUUGUGAAGCCCGAUCAAGUCCGACACUCAAUCGGCCGUAUUCUAGGAAUCGGCAUUCUCCUGGCCGAGGGCGAUGAGCACAAAGUACAAAGGAAAAACCUCCUCCCGGCCUUUGCCUUCCGCCACAUCAAGGAUCUCUACCCGGUCUUCUGGGACAAGGCGCGUGAAGGCGUGCAAGCCCUGACGGAGCAUAUCAUGCAGGAUGCUGCACAGUCAACUGACUCUGAGAAGCAGACGGCCGUCGUUGAGAUUGGCAGCUGGGCCUCGCGCAUGACUCUUGACAUUAUUGGCGUCGCUGGCCUCGGCCGUGACUUUGACGCCAUCAAGAACCCAAACAACCGGCUCACUCAAGCCUACGGGCAUGUUUUUCGGCCAAGCCGGCAGGCGCGUUUCCUCCAGCUGCUUUCUGUCCUCAUGUCUCCCAAAGUUGUCGCAUGGCUGCCCGUCAAACGCAACGAAGACAUCGGGACCGCGGCCCGCAUGAUCCGAGCCGAGUGCGCUGAGAUCAUCAAGGAGAAGAAGCAGAAGCUAGCUCAGAAGGAGUUGAAUGACGUGGACAUCCUGUCAGUAGCAAUCGAGUCGGGCGGCUUCACCGACGAGAACCUCGUCGAUCAGCUCAUGACGUUCCUCGCGGCGGGCCACGAGACCACGGCCUCGGCCAUGACUUGGGCCGUAUACCUGCUCUCCAAGCACCCCGAGGUACAGGCCAGGCUGCGCGCCGAGGUCCGCGAGCACCUACCGUCUGUCUCCAUCGGAUAUAGCGGCUCAACGGUAUCGAGCGUCGACAUUGACCGAAUGCCGUACCUCAACGCCGUGUGCAACGAGGUCCUCCGCUACUUCGGCCCCGUGCCCCUGACGCUCCGCAAGGCCGUGUGUGACACGAGCAUCCAGGGGCAGUUUGUCCCCAAGGGCACCCAGAUCAUGAUUGUGCCCUGGGCCAUCAACCGGUGCGAGGCUUUCUGGGGCGAGGACGCGCAGUCCUUCAAUCCGGAGCGCUGGAUGCCCAAGUCGGACGCAGACAACAAGCAUAAUGCUGCCAGUGGAGGCGCCACGAGCAACUACGCCUUCAUGACCUUCCUGCACGGGCCCCGCAGCUGCAUCGGCCAGUCGUUCGCCAAGGCCGAGUUUGCCUGUCUGCUGGCGGCGUGGGUGGGCCGGUUUGGCAUGGAGCUGCACAACAAGGAGGAGAUGGACGAGUCCAAGAUUGAAAUCCGGGGCGGCGUGACGGCAAGGCCUGCGAAGGGCAUGUACAUUAAGAUGACGGUUUUGAAUGGGUGGUGAGCUGAAGCGCGGUUAUGAGUUGGAAAAGUUUUGGUUAGAUUUUCUUGCAAUGUGAAUCUGCUUUAAAGCUCAUAGUGAUCGUGCUCUCCAGCGGUGGGUCAAGGAGAUGCUCUGCCCCUCCAAAACAGAGGUGGUAACAGUGUUAAGCAAAGGAAAGGCGGAGUGGACGGAUUGCAGGACAGAGAAGAAAGCACCAGCCAGACCAGUAUUCAUCCCUGACUCCGGUCUGUUUGAGAUGGGUCGGACAAAGUAAGUAGCGGACCUCCGUUGUUUGUAGGUUUGAGUAGCAACUUAAAAACAUUGACUCGG